AUGUCUACCUCAAUGCUCACUCCUACAGAAGCCCUGCUUCACGUAGCAAAGUCACAUCCUUUCAGACCAGCUGUUAGAGCCUCAGGCUCACAGUGGUCCUACGCAGCCCUAUGGGCACGAAUCAGACAAAUAUCUGAUCAAAUUCAUCAUCUCGACCCUUCUGGCUCUCCAAUUGUCUUGAGGUCGACUAUGUAG